GAUGAAAUCACAAGUUUCUUGCCCUAACUAUUCAGUUUCCUCACUAGCUUCACACUUGCUUCUUGCAGGGUUUGCAAACACUGCAUUUGGGUCCUUGUGCACGGUUUUGAGACGUAAGUGUGGCUUCUUAUAAUACCUUCCCUACUGUAAAACUUUCCUCGUGCAGAAUUGAUAUUCUUAUAUUCUUAACUAUUCCUGUUUGCUGCAAUGGUGCUGAGCUCAGAGAAGAAACAAUUUGUCUUUCCAGUCCCUUUGAGAUCCUUGGUUUGCUGUGCCAGGAAGUGUAACAUCGCCCUAUUCCUGUUUGGUUGGUGUUUUUUUGCAAAUGGGGGUUGAAUGUUGUUUGUGCAUUGGCAAGACUCAGGUGCUUUGGAACUGCUGCAACUUGGAUGUGAGAACAGCAGCAGCAAGGUACGCAAUCUUUUACAGAUAGUGCUAAUGUGAAUUGAAGGUUGGAGGAGAGCUAACAACUGUGCUGAUGCUUGUUUCAGCCCAACACAGAGAAAAGUAUGCAGGCAGGAGUUGGCUACAUUCAGCUUGUCUUACUGGACCAUCAGAUAACUUCGCCUUGUGCUUGCAAACGUAGGUAGGUUUCGUUUCCCCCCAAAACUGAGGAUAUAGUCCUGGGAUUUGGCUCUUGGGAUAGGAAAGGAGAUGCUGCAGGCAGACAGAUGCAGCCUGCCCCAGCAAACUAAAAAAGCGAUUGCCCCAUUCCAGCCUUGAAUGUCAUUUCUUGCCAUGGUGUGCGGAUCUGUCAAGCUGUUUAGCUGCAAUAUGACAGAUCAUCCUAUUAAUGUGUCAUCAAGUGCACUUUUACAAAUUCAUGGCUUGUCUACAACUAACCUGAAAAAGAGGCUUAAGUAUGAGAAGGCGCCAAAGAAAGUUAAAUAUUAUUAACAAAUAAAGUCUGCCACGUAGUUUUGAUGGAAUGUGAGCUAGUUGGGGGAGGGGUGAUAAUGCUGUUAACUAUUUAGCUUCUGUGUAACUUCCCUUCUUAGUCUCUUCUCUUUCUGAAACUCCAUUUCCCUCAAAAGAUGCUGAAAAAAAUAUUUUUUUAAAAAACCCUGUAUUCUACUACUUGAUUUAUGCGCCCAGAUUGUUCAUACCUCAGUUUCCCUGAGCCAUGGAUAGUGCUCCUGAUCCACCCUGGCUGCCUUUAAAGUCCAAUGAAGAGCUGUGCUGGCAUUAUUACUUGGAUUACAGAAGGCAUGGUAAAGGGAUUGUUAAAAAAAAGCAAAUCUGUUGCUUGCUGACUGAAUAAGGGGCUUCACAUUAUGUGCUCUUCAACCUUUUAUCAUUCUUGGACUUUCUCAUGGUACAAUCUCGGAGAAAUUUUUGCAUCACACUCCAUAUUUGUAGAAAGAAUAGGAAUUAUUUGUUCUGGGUGGUGGGGAACUGACAAAAAUUUGCAGAGUGUCCAAGUACUUCAAGAUCUCCUUUAUGAAAUGCUUGUAGGAGAUGUGUAACCUCUGGUUUGCUGUUAUUUUUAAUAAACAGCAUACCCUCUAGAGCCUGGCUCAGUGGGGGGUUUCCGAUUUCUUUAAUGAGAGCUAGGGGGAAAUGUUGCAUGGAACACAGCUAAGUAGAGUGUAAAGCAAAAGUUCUGAUGUAUCAAUGUGUGGUGCGAUGCUGAGUGCAUAUUCCAAGCCACAUAUUUUUAGCUCUACCACACACUCAUGUACAGUUUUACAAACUUCCCAGAAAAAUGGUGAUUUCUCUGAGAUAAUGAAGGGGAGGUACAGAAUAGGGCUGAGGGGAGGGAGCAGGGAAUGGGCACUGAUUUAAAUCUGCCUGGCACACGGGCCAGCUCCACUUAUCAGUGAGUCUAAUAGGAAUGUGAAGAGAAUAGGCUUGACAGCUCAUUAGAAUGUGAUCCCUCCUCCUUUUUUCUCUUUUUUUUUUUUUUUUCUUUUUUUUUUUUCCCUUUCUUGAAGUUGAUGGAAACUCAUUCAGGAAAGAAGUACUUAUUUGCUGAGGUAAAGCAAAAGCUGAGGAGGGUUUUGCCAGUGUGCAGCUGGGGAAAGGAGCAGCAAAAAAAAUCAGACAUGAUCUCCACUCCAAGGUACCUGAAACCUUGCCUGGUGUGAGGAGAGGUGAGGAUGAAAAAGACAUGAGAUUCUACAUCCUGACAGCUCCUUGUGGCAUCGGGACUUGCUGCUCAUCGUCUCAUUAAAGGAAAGUGAAGAUACACUCGGCUAAAGAGGGAGAAAAGCUAGACUUGGGAAAACUUUAUCUGCUCCUGAUGGACCUAGGUACAUCCUCAGAAUCUUUGCUUCUCCCUGUUUUAACUUUUAUGACAUGAGAAAUUAAUUUUCUUCAUAGAAGGCUGAGCACUGGGCUGAGCGGUGAUGCUUUCAGCCCCUUCAGAAGAGCAGCGGCUGUAGCAACCUUGGAUUACAGUUCUCCAGCAUCUUGAAGGAAAGGAUGAGGACUUGUCACUGAGGAAAGGGAAGUAUCUCUCGAGAGACUGGAUGGAACGUAUUCAAGCCUGCUUUGAACUGAACACAGUGCUUCAAAUGACAGAAAGUGAAAUCUCCUGUUGAAGAAGAACAACCUAACAACCCCCCUAAUGAGUUUAUGUUGUCAGCUCUGGCCUGAGCAACUGUUGCCCUGAGCAAUUUGACUUCUCUAGGUUUCAUAAGAGAAGUCUGUGUCUAUUCCUGUUAUUGGUGGUGACGGUUUCUGUGCUUGGAGAGUGCUCUUCCUGACUUGGCCCCUCCCUUUUCAAAAUGAAGGGGUGCACCUGGGUAUUUGUGGCAACUUUACUUUGUCAGCAGUUUUGCCUCUUCAGAGUUACAGCAGCAAAGAGAGAGAGAAAGAUGAAGAAAGAACCUAAUCAGUAUACAGAGCCUUUCAAUGCUACCCUCUCAAACAGUGAAGAACUGCACGGACAUCCCAAGAUCCUAGAAUCUCCAGAUCCUCGAAUCACAGAUCCACGGCGGACCUGGAUCUCCUUUGUUCACCGCCCAGAUGAUGGCAAUACCUCUAAAAGGAGAUGCAAAGGGAAAGACAAGAAAUUACGUGGCCUUGUUGGGCCCCCAGGACCUCCCGGUCCCCAGGGACCUCCAGGAGCACCUGGUGCUGAAGUCACCCGGGAAGUCCUUCUGCAGGAGUUUAAGGAAAUAUUAAAAGAAGCCAUUGAGCGUCGAGCAUCCCUGGCUAUUUCAGCCCAUCCUAGCCAGCUGCCUCCACUCCUGCUCUCCUUGGAGGAAGUUUCGCCCCACAGACGUGUAGAGGAGGCAUUCCAUUGCAAGCUAAAAGGACAAGUCAUUGUAGAUAAGAAGACCCUGGUAGAACUUCAGAACUUCCAGUCGGUGAGAAGGGAUUACAGACUGAACCUGUGCAACUCCACAACAGCUAUUCCUCUGGCCAAAGGAGCUUUUCUCCGGGGGACGGGAUUAAAUCUGGCAACAGGACGUUUCACAGCACCUGUGUCUGGCAUCUACCAGUUUUCAGCUAAUGUCCACAUUGACCACAGUGAGUUGAAGAGUAAAGUCCAACUCCGAGCCAGAGAUAAUGUCCGAGUGUUGAUCUGCAUUGAAUCUCUGUGCCACCGAUACACGUCUUUGGAAGUCAUUGCUGGUCUGGAAAGUAACAGCAAAAUCUUCACUAUCUACGUACACGGCUUACUGCAGCUGCAGGCUGGCCAGUACACCUCCAUAUUUGUGGAUAACAGUGCUGGAGCUCCCAUCACCAUUCAGAACGGAUCAGAUUUUAUGGGCAUGUUAAUGGGCGCGUAACGUCAUCUGCAGCAGCGUAGCAGGGAAGGAUAUGAAUUAGAGCCUUGCAGUGUAUAUUUGACUGAAGAAACCUUUACUUUGACUCUUGAAGACUGCUUCCUUGUAACUGUUGGCAUCUUUUUAAACAAGCAAAGAGCCUUUCCUUUCACAGAUACUCCAGCUUGCUUUCAGAGGCUACUGCUUUUCGAGGUCCACACCAGUUCAUUCAUCGUAAAAAAAUAUACUUUUAUAAUUCAGAAAUAAACUGUAAUAUUUAAUUUGUGCUUCACCAGAUGCUCACUGAACAGUACACUGAGAUUUGGAAUUUGUUGCAUUAUAACUUUAUUUCACAAUAGCACUUGUAAUCAGCAUGUCUUUUGGGAUCGAUUGUGGGGUGUUUGAGUUUGUAAAUGAAGGAUUGAGAGGGGAAGUAAAGAAGUGACUAUAUUCUCUGUGUUAUGGAGGAAGAGACAAGGAUUUGCAAAACUGCUUUUCUCAUGCAAUUGUGAACGGUAUAGGCCCCCUCUCAUGUUCAGAAUUGGAUAUAUUUGACAAAAAGUAUAUUGAAUUCUCAGACAAUGCCUGCUUCACAGAUGGGAAUCCAAGGUCCGAACUCUUUAUUGUGGUUCGUUGUAUCUAAGUAUUGCCUUGAUCUUACUGAUGAAGCUGAAUACCUUGCUGCCUGUGCAGUUUUGUUGUUAUGAAAAGGUAAGGCCAAUGGCACCAGUUCUAGCACGAACUCCCUUACUUGUGUUCUUAUGUUUUAGUAAGAUAUACAUGUGGUUUUGGACUGCAUCGCAUAGACAGCAUCCUCUCAGGUGCCGUAUAAUCAUUUGUAAAUGCGUCAAAUGUAUUACACUGGUUGUCAGAAGCCUGGCAAAGACAGUGAGGGUAGCAGCCCCGGAUCAGAUGUGUCACCUAUUUGGUGCUUGUUUGAUGCCAGUGAAAUAAUAAAAGAAAACAUGGGGCAAGGCUUGCUUCCAUCAGGCGGCCAGGGUCGUAGCGAGUCUAUCUGAGCUGUGCUUGGAGGUUGAAAGUGCUGCCAAAGGCUGUCCAAAAGACCGUCCAGUGGAUGUUUUCUGGAUUUCUACACAUCUGUUUGCAAAUGUAAGCAUGUGAGAUCGAGCCCCCCGAGCAGCUUUGCAUAUAGCUCCUGGCUACAAACUCAUUCUGAUUAAGUAAAAGGGUGUUGCCAUUUCACGGGGUUAAGGUGUGUUACCCAAGAUGUGGUAACAUCCCUGUGAUUAAAAAAAACCACACUCGUUUAACGUACCUCUGUAGCUUUCCCUUUCAACAGACACCUGGCCCUUUUAUUGAUUCAACUUAACUAAGGACAUACUUGUAUAACAGUGUCCUAAAUAGAUGGUAGCAAGGCCCAGAAGGGCGUCCACGUACUUCUUCUUGAAUAUUUGCAGUGAAAGGAAGAUAUCCCUUGUAGUAUUGCGACCUUUGAUCAACUGCAGUAUCUUCGUUCAAGGGAAACAAAGGCUGCUGGGGACAGCAGAAGGCAUGUAAAAAAUGUCAUCUGUCGCUGGGUCUGUUCAGGUUGGCCAAUAUAUGAUGUUUCUACAAGCUCCAGUAACGCUGCUGUUGAGGUUGGUGGUAUGCAAAGAUGUCUGUCUUCGAGAGCUGUGGAAAUACCUGCUGUAAAACAGGCAUGGCUCAAACUGGUUUGGGGUUUUUUUCAUCUCUAUUAUAAAUACCUUGAGACAGAGCUUUAAGGAUAAAUGGUAUUUUUUCCUUUGUGAAGAAAGUAUUGAAGUGAUACCUAUUGGAGGAGGAAGGAGAGGGUACAGGGAAUGAUACAGUAGUGCUGUGACACAAGUAAACACAGGUAAAUUCCGCUUUCUAGUCAAUGGAAUGCGGUUGUUCUAACUGGACCUGUGUGGCUGUCUAAAAUACAGCAGCUAUGAAUGUUUAUAUAUUCCUUCUUGCUCCACAAUACAUACCAGAAUUCCUAUGGAUUAUUUUUUUUUUCAUAGUAUACUUUGGGGAGAAUCUGCUUUUAAGCAUAAACUGGGUGCUGUGCUGGCAGAGGGGAGUCCACAGCUAUCGAAGCAUAGCAAGCAGCAGCAGCGGUCAUCUCUGGAGCUUCAGAUAGCACGAGCCACGUGUGAAUAUCACUAAACCCUGUCGAUAAAGAUUGGCUGCUUACACGGGGGUUUGAUGGAGUAAGUGUAGUCAGGGCAAGUGGCCUGUAUCCCAGCAUGUAUAGCUAUACUGUCCUUUGUUCUGUGUGAAUAUUUGUAAUAAAUUGGGCUGUUUUGUGCAUGACUUACAGCAACAUAAUCAACGUGGUGUGACAUUCAAGCGUACAUUGGUAUAUAUAGGGGUUUUGAACCGAGUCUCACUGUUCUUGGUAAAUCUGAGUUAAAAUAUUUAUUUGGUUGUAGAACUAAAAAUGUUUGUCAGACUCUGUUUUGGGAUUUGUGACUCUCUUUUCCCCACUCUUUGCUGGUUUACUCUCACGAUCUUCUUAGUAGGAGACGCACUCGUUCUGCCUUUAUACUGCUUCUCCUUUAUUUGUAUAAAGAGUGCUGCCCUGACGGUUUCCCUGGUGUGCUAGCAGCUGUCAGACAGUCCUAGGAACACACAGCCCGAACAGUGAAGGCCUAAAUCUCCCUCGGCAGGAGCAGUGAUUGCCUGUGGGUAGUGUCAGAGAGAGGAGCAGACCUCUCCCCGGCGUCUGUCGGGGAGCCACGCUGGCCUUCUGCUCCCGCUGGGGAAAGGAGCCGCAUUACCGGAGGACAUGGACAUCGCAUCUCUUUGUCUGUCCCGAGUUCACCGUCACCAC